UUUAUUAAUUAAAAUUUUUGACAGUUAAAACUUUUUUGUUCCUUUUUGUUUCCAAAAAGUUUUAAUGUCAAAGGUACGCAGAGCAUCCGUACAUAGCUCGAGUAGCGGCAGUGACAUCAUAUUGUCAACAAGAACCAGAAAAUCAAUAUCAAAAUCAAGGAGAUCAUCCUUAGCAGAGGAAGCGAUCAAACCACCUUCAAGACGAGCUAGUCUAGCAGCAGCCAUUACCUCUUUGGCUACAGCAACCAUUGAUGAAGAACAUACACCUCUUGUCGUGGAUGUACAUGAUUCAUACAAGAAAAAAAUCGUUAAAUCAUCACAAAAGUUAAAUUGCUUCUUUGGAGAGCCUACGCCCGUAGAUGUUUGCAUUAGUGAAAUUAAAAAGGAAGGAUUAAAGGCGAUAUUGGAAUCCAAAGUCCCACUUUGCUAUUUCUUAUACUACCUAUUAGACGAGUUCAGCUCGGAAAAUUUGUUGUUCUUUUUGGAAGUGGAGCGAUUUGAUGAGCACCGAAGAAUAAGCACUGUUGGGGAACUGAAGACGAUGGCUGAGCGAAUCUAUGGUACUUAUAUAUCUAAUAGUGCUCAAUUGCAAAUCAAUCUAGAUGACAAAGUUAAGCGCAACAUUACAAACCAGUUAUUAGCCAUCAGUGACUUUAAUGCAAACACUAUUUUUGUCGAAGCCAAAGCGUCCGUAUACAUUCUACUCGAGAGUAGUUACAUACGAUUUUUGGAAACCAAUAUUUACCAAGAAAUGGUUCGACAUUGUGGAGAAUUUACAAUUCAUUAUGAUGAACGUACAAUCAAAUCCGCUGUCAAUUAUCUCUUCCAACAUCUCAAACAACAAAAGGAAUCAAUCAAUGCUCAGUUCAAUGGAUCCAAGGAUUCUAAUCUCAGUGAAAGCAUAAUUGCAGUCAAUUCACACUAUUAUAAUUUGACUAAAAGCAUCAUCGAAAGAUUCGUCAUAAACAUGUUUGGUAAGGCUCAUUUGCCACUUAAGCAUUUAUAGACUUCAAGAUGUAAAAAUACCCGGCAUUCUUGUAUUGUAAAAAGUUGUAAAAUAAAUAAAAUAGAAACGCUUUAUCA